AUGUUAUGGUGUGAGGCUACGUCCGCUGCAGUCCCAGUCGAACAUCAGCAGCCCACUUUCUGGACCCCCGAAACUUCUCAGCGUGAACGUGCACGGAAGACGAAGUCAAGCGUUGACUUUCAGGCCUUGUACACUUGGCCACGUCUACCACUCGACCAAGUCCUUGGACAAAUGACACGCCGGAAAGGCAAGUGGCAUAUUGACGUGGCGCAGGUGACCCUGACCGAUGCCCUAGCCAGCACACUCAACUAUGGAUCCUCUACAACCAGGAGAAUUCAACCAUAG